AUGGUGGAUUACUGCUGCGCUAGUCUUGUCCUGCUUCGAUUCCUUAAGCAUGCCGUCUUCUUAUUAUCUCUUGUAACGAAAUGGUUCCUUUCCCCCUGCUACGACGCCUGGUGGCCUAAUUCUUCUUCGCCGGAGAGAGACGGAAAAGGAACCGAGGCCAGGGAACGGCACCGCGCAGCCGCCCGGGCUGUGCGGACGGCCCUUGGGGUCGCCACCUACGGCGAACUGGUGGCCGAUCAGGAAGCGGCGGGCUUUUGCGCCGUGUGCCUUUGCAGGGUGGGGCCCCGCGACCGCGUGCGCGAGCUGCGCAGCUGCCGGCACGUGUUCCACAUGCGGUGCCUCGACCGAUGGCUCGACCACGACGAGCGCCUCAGCUGCCCGCUCUGCCGCGCGACGCUCCUCGACCUGCGAGGGGCGUCGGUUCAGCCGCCGCCGCCGGCGCAGCCCAGCUGGGCAGUCGAGCGCCUGCUAUACCUAUUCGGGGAUGACGUCCUCCUGGCUGAUCCUCAUCAGUCAUAG